CGUUUGACAGAUAUCGAAAAGGCAAGCGAGAGGAGGUUUUACUUCCUAGAAGAGAAAAAUUACACAUUUUUAGUGCAAAUCAAAGGCCAAUGUAAAUAAAUAUACUAUCCAAAUAGAUAUCGGCUAUCAGUGCACCAUAGCUUAAGUGUUUCUGCUCGGGCGAGCGUGGCAACCAUGCGUAACAAUAGAAAAUAACAUGCAUUAUCUGCUUGCCCCUGCAUCCUAAGGAAGUCGUCAAGAGUGGACCGAAUCCAAAAGACAGGGAUCCGGAUUAGACAGGGACUGGGAACAGGAACGGGCCAAAAACGGGAAACCCCAGUCUAGGCAAGCAAGUGCUGCAUUGGAUGCAAUGUUCCGAGAGCCGUGCUAGGCACAGUACACAAGACGGUACUGCUAUUACUAUUGCUACAUCUAUGAAACAGGCUUGAGACCAAAGAAGCUGGGCGUGUGAUACUCGUGCAUACCAGGAACAUCCAGCCUUACCCCACGGACAUUGAACGAGCCCCACGGAACUUGAAAGAAGCAGUGAGAAAAGUGAAAUUGUGAUGAUCGUUCAAGAACCUGUGCAGGCCGCAAUAUGGCACUGCCUGAACCAUUACCACUAUCAAGAUGCCACGUUUCUUGCCGAAAGGCUCUGCGCUGAAGUGGAGUCUGAGGAGAGUAUUUUCCUGCUGGCAACAUGUUACUAUCGAUCGGGACAAAAACAUUUGGCCCAUUGGUUGCUUUCGAAGAAAAGCGUUCGUUCCACGCAGUGCCGCUUCCUUCUUUCAAAAUGCGCCUUUGAUUUAAAAAAAUACUCGGAAGCGGAAAACGCCUUGAUAAACGACGAUCACCUCAGGCAAAGGCAUUUGGAUGAGAUUGUGAAGGAGUUUGGUGAUAUUGCAUGCUUCGCGUUGGAGCUGGUUUCAAAAAUAUGCCUAAAGACUGAACGAGCCAAGCUCGCGAACGAUGCCAGUCGGAGAGCUGUCAAGCUGAAUCCCUUCCUGUGGCAAUCGUUCGCAGAUUUAUGUAGCCGGGGCGAGAAGCCGGACCCCGAUAGCGUGUUUCAGCUGACUAGCACUGAUAUCUUCCAAACAAGCCAGGCACAUCACUACAACUCCAUCGUGUGGUUUGGCGGCGCGGGUGUGCAUACUAGCGGGCCAGUGUUGGAUCCGGCGGCAGGAGGCAACGAUAGCUCGGAUCAACUAGGCGCCAACAUUGAUAAUCCGUCAACGCCGGUUGAUCAGUGCUUUACGCAAAACGUUAACACACCGAACAAUCACCAUCCGCCUGGAGCACCGCCAGGGAUGGGGCUUGGCAAUGCACCGUACGUUCCCGCGCAACAGAACCUGAACUACUCGUACAUUAACAAUUCGGUCGGAUCGAUACGCGUUGGCGGGGCCAAUCUGAGCGCGGGCGAUCAGACGCCAACACAUGUAUUCACGGAACACAAUACACCAUUCCGAAAGCAGCAGUUUAAGUAUCUCACCACGAUAAGCCCUACGACGCCCAGUUUCGGGGUGCUACCGAUCAUACACACACCCAACGAACCGAUAGCGUUUCUCAUGACACCUUCCCCGCAGCUGGUGCAAAUGGGCACACCGGUGGGGCAGACGGGCCCAACGGCACUGAUACAGCAGCAAGGCUCUCAGUUUAUGCAAUUCGCCACUGGCAUGCAACAAACGCCGCAGCAGCAACAGCAGCAGCAGCAACAAAGCCAAGGCUUGAUAGGGGACGGUACGUUAGGCGAUCCGCUCGCCGUGGCUCCCAACCGGAAGAUAGCGCUGUUAAGCAGCAACAAAAAGAUGCGCCGCCAUCACCACAACAAUUUGGGCACGAUGGGCAACAUCAUCAACCGCAAGCACGAGUCGCCGCACCAUCCUCAGCAAGCAGCUAUACAGCUGCUGCAGCAACAGAGCACCAACACCAAACCGAUCGUAUUUAGCCAAACAGGAAACCAACUGACCACUACACCGCGCACACCCAACACGACCGGCGGUGCGCUACAGCAGGGCCAGAAUGUGCGGCGCAGCUCGCGUCUAUUUAGCAACAGCAACUCAGUCAAAGAGAACGCCAAAAGUCCACAAUUGAACAACAAAUUCGUGGCGCCACGGUCACCGCCCCGGCGAACGAAACAGCGCAUUUCGAAGACAAUCAACAGCAGCGUCACAACACUGAUGGAAAACAUCCCGGAGAAGAAGUCCUCGGUGUGCGGUGCUGGUGGUGAUGCACCGGUGAAGGAAAAGAUCGAAACCAUCACAUCCACGGUCGACGAUAGCACCUCGCCACUGCUAAACGAGAAGGUCUUGCUGAACAACAGCAUCAACAGCGCCCAGAAGAUGGCAGCGCAGGUGCUGCAGCUGAAGAAACAAAGCGCCGAUGGGCUGAUGACGCUUCUGCGCGAGCUAGGGCACGGGUAUCUGCGAUUGCAAAACUACGAAUGCGAGAAAGCGAUUGAGCACUUUUCCAACGUUCCAUUGCAUCACUACGAGAGUAGCUGGGUGAAGAGCAUGAUAGCGCUGGCCUACCACGAAAUGCGCGACUACGAGUCGGCAGUCCAGAUUUUCCACGACAUCCACGAGCGCGAACCGUACCGGCUGCAGUACAUGGAAAUCUACAGCACCGAUCUGUGGCAUCUGCAAAAGGAUGUAGUGCUGUCCUCGCUGGCGCAGGAUCUGAUGGCGCAGGACAAAACCUCACCGAUAACGUGGUGCGUGGCGGGUAAUUGUUUCUCCGCGCACAAGGAGCACGAAACGGCGAUCAAGUUCUUCUUCCGUGCAAUACAGGUUGACGAAGAGUUUGCAUACAGCUAUGCUCUGCUCGGACACGAGCUGGUCAUGACCGAGGAGCUGGACAAGGCGCUCUCGAUGUAUCGGUUGGCUGUGCUGCACGACCCGCGCCAUUACAAUGCCUGGUUCGGCAUUGGUACAGUAUUCUGCAAGCAGGAACGGCACGAGCUGGCCGAGCUGCACUAUCGCCGAGCAUUGCAGAUCAAUCCGCGCAAUUCGGUCAUCAUGGUGCACAUAGCCGUGAUGCAGUUCUUCCUGCGCAAGACCGACCAGGCCAUCAGGACGCUGAACGCGGCCAUCGCAAUCGAUCCGAAGAAUCCGCAGUGCAAGUUCCAGCGCGGGUCGAUGUUCUUCAUGAUGGGACGCUACCACGAAGCGCUCAAAGAGCUGGAAGAGCUGAAGCAGAUCGUGCCAAAGGAAGCGAUGGUGUACUAUCUGAUGGGCAAAAUUCACAAAAAGCUGGGCAACGUCGAUCUGGCACUGAUGCACCUUAGCUGGGCCACGGAUCUCGGCUCGAAGGGGGCAAACAAUCAGAUCAAGGACAACUUUGACUCCAUCAUUCGGACGCAGGAUGGUGACGGUAGCAGCAGCAUCGAUGGUAGUGGCGGCGGCGGCAGCGGCGGUGGCGCCGGCGAAUCAAGCAGGACGGGUGGCGACUCGACCAACGGUGGUGCCGCGGGAAGUGGCAGUGCGGCGCACGGUGACGGGGGCGACGUGGAGGACAAAAUUGGCAGCGUUGUCAGCCUGGACCCGGAAGCGGGCAGCAGUAGUAUCGAUCCGGACUACUUGCUGGGGUUCGAGCAUGGCUCUAGCGACGACUCGACUGCCGCAGUCAGUAUGCGAAAUGAGUCACUAGACAUAAUAGCAAACAAUUUUUACGAUAGUGACAGCUAUUAGGUACAUGAAGGUGUGUGAUGAUGUGGCGUAGCGACUUUGCGAGCGCGUUACAACAAAAAGAAAACAACAAAAUCCCCCACACACUCACACGCGCAUAUACGCUGUCCUGUCCUCUCAGUCGCGUCGGUCGUCGUUGCCCGCCAUCGGUAACGCCUUUCGAGCGCAGUCAGUCAUAAGCUUAAGCUGCCGGCCCUCUCCUCCCUACCUACCCCCCCCCCCUCUCCUCCACCCUCCCAAAAUGCGUGUGAUCAAAUGUAGAAUAUUAAUCUUGGUAAAUGAUACAAUUCUCUCGUCUCUUCUCUAUAUACCUUUUUCCCCUCCUUUACUACUACUACUGGUCUGUCAUUGGAAUCUGUGUUUCUCUUAGUAAUCAAUGGUUCAUCUAAUCAUGUGUAAGAUUUAAUCGUUUAUAAUUGCGUCUUUUUGUUAUUCCAUUUAAGCAUAAGUAGCAGUUUAUUGCAAAUUCAUUUUAUGGAAACCCACCAAACAAAAAAAGAAUAAAGAACAGGAAACAGCAGAGCAUACAAACACA